GCGUCGCAGUUGCCGCAUUCGCCGCAUUCGCUGCAGGCGCGAGGUUGGGUGCAGGCGGCUGUUUGAGCCUCGAGGCAUCGACGGACGGACAGACGGACGGACGGACUGACGAUGCCGCGCUCUCACAGGCCUCCACCUACCGCGCAGCGGGCUGCCACGGCCGCAGCAGCCGAGCCCAAGUCUGAGGGCGUUGUGGCUAUGACUUUCAAGAUUUUUCUCCUUUUUGCAGGACUUAUGGUUAAAGUUCCUGUGGGGUUAUAUUUUUCCUGCAAAUUACUUCUUUUCCAAAGUCUGAUGUUGAUGUCCCCAGAAGACAGCGGCUUUUACGCGACCAUUGUCGCAGUGGUCGGGCUUCAUGUGGUGCUGGCAAUUUUCGUCUUCAUAGUGUGGAAGGAGGGCUUGCCCCAGUGGCGGGAAAACAAAAACGAGUAGAGCAGCUUCUUCAGAGCUGCAAACCGGGGGGGGGGGGGGGGUGGGGAAAUACCUAAAGGGUUUUUCGUCUUGUUUCUUGUUCGUAUUGAACGUGCUUUUUUUUUUUAAGGGGAAGGGUGGGCGGGGAGGGAAUUAAAUAUUUACUGCAGCUAAGACUUCAGUAAAAUUGGGGGUGGGGGGAGGGUUGACAUUUUCCGACUGCCUGUUACCUGCCAAGUGCUUUUUGUUAAGGACAUAAUGUUUUUGACUGGGGAUCAUGUUUGGCUGAUGUAAAUAUUAAUGCCAAAAGAGGAAGUCAGGGUGAAAGUAACACUGUAAUUAGUAGUAGAAUUUAUUUCGUAUUAAAAUGUGUCGUGACGUAAUUUUUAUGGCUUGGCUCAAGCAACAAUUUUCAGAGUGCACCCUCAUUGAUGCUACUCACAGAGAUGUGGAUGUGCUGUUACUGCUUUCUAACUCUGCCUACUACGUGGCCUAUUAUGAUGAUGAAGUUGAUAAAGUAAACCAGUAUCAACGACUAAGUCUAGAAGACCUGGAAAAAAUCGAAAUAGGCCCUGAACCCACUCUUUUUGGUAAGCCAAAGUUCUCCUGCAUGCGACUGCACUACAGAUACAAAGAAGCAAGUGGCUAUUUCCACACACUGCGAGCUGUAAUGCGUAAUCCUGAAGAGGAUGGAAAAGAUACCCUUCAGUGCAUUGCAGAGAUGCUGCAGAUCACCAAGCAAGCCAUGGGAUCGGAUGUACCCAUAAUUGAGAAGAAACUUGAGAGGAAGAGCAGUAAACCUCACGAAGACAUCAUUGGUAUCAGAUCUCAAAACCAAGGUUCUUUGGCCCAGGGAAAGAAUUUUUUAAUGAGCAAAUUUUCAUCUCUAAAUCAAAAAGUGAAGCAGACCAAAUCCAAUGUAAAUAUUGGCAACCUCCGAAAGCUAGGAAACUUUACCAAACCUGAAAUGAAAGUUAACUUUCUAAAACCAAACUUAAAAGUAAAUCUUUGGAAAUCAGACAGUAGUCUUGAAACUAUGGAAAACACAGGAGUGAUGGAUAAAGUUCAGGCAGAGUCUGAUGGGGACAUGUCUUCAGAUAAUGACUCAUACCACUCUGAUGAAUUCCUUACAAAUUCUAAGUCUGAUGAAGACAGGCAGCUAGCUAACUCAUUAGAGAGCGUAGGGCCAGUAGAUUACGUUCUUCCUAGUUGUGGUAUUAUUGCUUCAGCGCCUCGAUUGGGUAGUCGGUCCCAGUCUCUUAGCAGCACAGAUAGUAGCAUUCAUGCUCCUUCAGAGAUAACUGUUGCUCAUGGCAGUGGGCUUGGAAAAGGCCAGGAGUCUCCUUUGAAGAAAAGCCCUUCUGCUGGCAACAUACACAUAUUGACUGGCUUUGCCAAGCCGAUGGAUAUUUACUGCCACAGAUUUGUGCAAGAUGCACAAAACAAAGUGACCCACCUUUCAGAGCCCAGGUCUGUGUCUCAGCAGGCUAGUCAGGAAAGAAAUCAAAUGACCAGUGAAGUUUCAAACGAAGAAACCCAAUCAGAAUCAACAGAACAGACACCUUCUCGGCCAUCUCAAUUAGAUGUCUCUCUCUCUGCAACAAGCCCACAGUUUUUGUCAGUUGAGCCAGCGCAUUCAGUUGCAUCUCAAAAAACCCCCAGCUCCGCUUCCGGCAUGCUUGAACUUGAGACAGGGCUUCACGUAACUCCUUCUCCUUCAGAGAGCAGUAGCAGCAGAGCAGUCUCUCCCUUUGCCAAGAUUCGAAGUUCCAUGGUCCAGGUUGCUAGUAUUACCCAAGCUGGAUUAACCCAUGGGAUAAACUUUGCAGUGGCAAAAGUUCAGAAGAGUCCUGCAGAACCUGAAGUCAUUAAUCAAGUCCAGCAAAAUGAACUUAAAAAUAUGUUUAUACAAUGCCAGACACGGAUAAUUCAGAUUUAGCUUUUAGCCAUAAGAAUCCUUCCAUGGCUUUUAUUUAAAAAUAUGAAGUUUUUAUCUCUUGGGGUAUUUUAAUUGUACUGUCUGAAUCCAGGGAUCACAAAUUCUGUUCAUUGGAAAGGGUUUUAAAAGGAGUCUGAACCUGAGUAGAUUUCCAGAUUUUAGAGCCAGGACUACAGAAGCGCAUCAUUCUAGAAUGUGUAGACCUGAGUAGCUUAUACACUACAGAGCACUUUGCUUAUUUGAAAGUAAUUCAGCAACAGGUCACUUUGGGAUAAACUGAACCUUUUUUUUGGAGUGGGGUGGGUAGACUACAUUAAGUAGACACAAGGGCUGGACAUGCAGAUGUUUAGGGGAUUAGCAUUUUUCAUUAUUUGUUCUGUUUGUCAGUUCAUUCCUGUGUGUUACCUCUACAAAUUACACAUUUAGUUUUUAGUGACUAACAUGUUACCAAAGCAUUUGAAUAUAAAGCUAUUUUAGUUUUGAUGGCUUAACUAUUCCCUGAGGAGUUGAGGGUUACUGACACUAAAAUGAAUUCUGAUUUGAUCCUAAUUUCCCCCAUAUUCUACUUGAACACAUUAAAAAUACUCUGCUGCCUACAGUGUAAACCUAGGAAUAUUAAGACUUGUCACACAGUAAACCUGAUACAUCAGAGGUGAAUACCAGCACCUAUUAAAUUCCAUUUUGCUGUUUUCAGGAAUGUAAGAACACACACAUAUUGGCUACUGGAAAUCCCGGAAGUCCGGUUUUCAUUUAUUCCAGGAGGGGCAUCCUCGACAUCUUAUGUAGACGAUCAACAACUUCAAAAUUUAGUCUGGGCCAAGUGCAGUGGUUCACACCUAUAAUCCCAACACUGGGAGGCCAGGAGUUUGAGACCAGCCUGGGAAACAUAUGUCUCUACAAGAAAAUACAAAAAUUAGCUGGGCUUAGUGGUACAUGCCUGUGUUUCUAGCUAUGCAGGAAGAUUGCUUGAGCCCAUGAGGUUGAGGCUGCAGUGAGCUGUGAUUGUGCCACUGAUCUCCAGCCUGGGGGACAGAGCAAGACUGUCUCAAAAAAAAUUUAGUCUGAAGCACAACUGUGCUGAAUCUGUCUGACUAACUCUUGACCACACAGAACCAGGGUUUGCCCCUGUAAUCCCCAUGGUAAGAAAGUUGUACGGCAUAUUCCAACAAGUAUUGGUUUGUCUGGUAUCUUUAGAGCUCUACUCUGUUGAUGUGAUUGAUUCUCGGCUGAACAUUAUGUCUGUUGUAACUCUGAUAAGCAUUCCACUUUUGUUAUUUAUUAGUGGUAUCUUUUUUUUUACGUGUUAAAUCUUGUGAUUGUUAAAAUAAAGUAUCACUGUAAUUUAAAGUGA